AUGAACUCAACAUCCUCUCGGCCACGCUGGAAAGGCGGCAGCAUCAUCGUCGUGGGAGCCGGCAUCGGCGGGCUCGCCGCAGCAGUAAGUCUAGCGCAGAAGACGGAGCACUCGAUCCGCGUGCUCGAGAGCAGCCCGACGCUCAAGGAGACGGGCGCUGGCAUCCAGAUCACGCCCAACGCGUCCCGCAUCCUCACUUCGUGGGCGCUCAAAGACGACUUCGAGGCGGUGGCGACGUUGUCGGACUACAUGGAGGUUCGGCGCUACGCCACCAACGAAGCUAUUGGACUCGUUCCUUCCGAUGCCGAGGGCUAUGCGACGAGGGUCUGGGGCUCGCCGCACUGGACGAUCCACCGGGCGGACUACCAGCAGAUCCUCGCUGCGCGGGCUGCUUCUCUUGGGGUGCAGAUGUCAUUCGGCGCGAAAGUUGUCAGUGUUGAUUCCGAGGCUUGCACGGUGCAGCUCGCGGACGACAGCAUCCUCGCCGCCGAACUGAUUGUGGGCGCAGAUGGCAUCCGCUCUCGUGUCCGCUCCUCGAUCCCCCGCCUCGCCGAGAUCACGCCUCUGCGCGCCGAGAACUACUGCUACCGCGUCCUCCUCACCCGUCAGCAGAUGCUCUCGCAUCCACUCGUGGCUGAGGUCAUGCUGAACCCCAACCGCAUGGCGUGGGCUGGCCACAAGAAACACAUCAUCGGCUACCCCAUCGCACACGGUGAGCUGUACAAUUUAGUCAUCAUCAUUCCCGAUGUACAUCAAUCUGCUCCGUUGAACCAGUACAACCAGCCUGGGUCGGUGGAGGAGAUGCUCGACGAGAUUCAAGAAUGGCAUCCAGCUGUUCGCACGAUGCUGAGGCAGGCGGACAGCUGCGCCAAGUGGACGCUUGCGGACCUCCCUCCCCUCCCCACCUGGCACAGCGACAGUGGGCGCAUCGUACUGCUGGGCGAUGCGGCGCAUGCGACGACCCCCCACGCUGCGAGUGGCGCGGCGCUGGCAUUGGAAGACGCGGAAGUUCUGGGAUGCUGUGUUGCUGCUUGUGCGAAAGUGGGAGAUCUACCGAAGGUGAUGGAGGUGUACGAAAGUCAGAGGAAGAAAAGGUGUGAACGGGUCGUGGAGGUUAGUCGACAGAAUGCAAACACUUUCAGUAUGCCGGAUGGGGAGGCGCAGCGGGUCAGGGAUGCACAGUUUGCAGCGGCCACAGAGAGGGUGCUGGCUCAAGUCAGAGGGGAUCAGAAGUUGGUGGUGCCAGAGGCCGAUAUGGAGAAGCCGUUUCCGAGCCCGGCAUUCCUCAUGUGGCUAUAUGGGUACGACGCGAUAAAGGCAGCUGAAGAUAGUAUCCGUGAAUUGGACCUUUGA